UGCGGAGAGAAUGAAUAUUUAAGAGACCAGCAUCCAUACGGCGAAAUGCGCUGCAAGGCACACCAAUAGGAUCCGGCUAAGUCUUUGGCAAGGCUCUGGACGAUCUUCCUUCACUGUCACUUACCGUGCAUGCCUUCCUCUGCGAGUCAAUAAAGCAGACUUUUCCCGUUGUCGCGGGUCCCUUCUUCUUUUCCUGUAUGUGGCGCUUUGUUACAGGAACACCAUUCAUCGACGAAUUACAGAUGAUGUAGACUACCUCCGCACCGUCUCAUGAGCAGUCAGUUCGCAAACAUGGCCGACCCAUUCGAGGUGCGCAUGCGCUUCACGAACCUCCUCACACAUCUCUCAGCGUCAGCAACGGCUUCCAUCAAGACUGCCCAUUAUGCUCUCAAGCACCGCGACAUGGACGAGGAUUUGCAUUCAUGCAUCAUCGAAAACCUGGAGAGGGGGAAUAAUAUGAACAAUCGGGCGAAUAUCAUGUACUUCCUCGAGCACCAUGCAGACGUCAACAUGAAAGAAGGCGGUCACGAGGCAUACGUCGAGAUGAUAAGGCGAGAUAUCCAGCGUAUCGUGGAGGCGGUGGCGCAAAGUGGUGCGAAUGUCAAAGUGGUAAGGAGGGUUGUCACGGGCCUAGGAGACAAGGGCGUCCUAAAUGCAGAGGUCAUGACUGGUAUCGAGACAGGCUUGAAGGAGAAAGAAGAAAAUAUGGGAAGACUGCUCGGCGAGGACGAUGGGAAGGCCGAAGGCGACAAGGGUACUCUCGAUGCUGGCGCAGAGGAAGGCCACAGACCGACUCCGAGAACGGCGCACUCUGGGAAAACGAACGGCGUGUCAAAGAUGGAUAAACGAGCAAUCGAGCAGAGGAUCGAGGAGGAUAGAGAACGAAACAAGCGUCUUCGAGAGAGUGUCUGGGCAGUCUCUGGCGAUGACGAUCAGGAACUGGACAGAAUGUGGGAAGAAGGAAGCGAAGUUGGCGAAGAUGAGCAUAUCAUUGCUGACGAAGAGGCUGAUGAGCGCCUUGAAUUCGUCCGCUACUACAGAUCAACACUGAAGACUUGGGGAUCAUAGGAUCGUCCUUCGCCUGUCCCACAGACUGCUACAAAGCAAAUUCGACCUUAAUCCGGACGCUUCAGCCCAUCUCGGGUCGAGAUCUGCUGUCGGGGUGCCACCCUUUCGAGUCCUGGUCUGAACGAAAACAAGCACUUGUUUGGAGGACCCGAGUCCUUUCUCGCAACAAAUGUGGAAAGCUGAAAUCUAUGGCACCAAUUGAUGUGUAUCCAACAAAGGGCUCCUCAAACUUUUGCCUUCUUAGAGGCAGUACCGAGAUCAUCCGACUCGUCCUCUUCAUCCGACAGCACCAUCUUCCUCUUACGGGUGGCUGUGGACGCCUCCCCGUUGCCAUGACCGUUCGCCUCUCUUUCUCGCCUCAAAGCGUACGAGAGUAUCAGACCUUCAUAUUCAUCCUCUUGGGCUCGAGCACUAUCCUCAAUCUGCGGUAUGCGUUCUUCGAGGGGGAUUUGCAUAAGUAAAUCUUUGUUCUUCUUCAUGAUACGCUGCUUCAACAGGAGACGCCACCAGUAGUAACUGCGAUCAUCUGCAUUAGGAGCUCGAGCGCCUCUAACUUUGAGACUGGUGAGGGAUGCACCUCCAGCAGCACGGUGUGACAGUGGAAUCUGAGCUAGCAGGUACAUUUCAACCAUACGUGCAAACUGUCGACUUGCGAUCUUGUUCUUUGCGCGAAUCUCUUGCAAUGUGUCGAGAGGAAGCAGCGUUGCUGUUGGUACCGACUUCAGCCGGCCACGCUCGAGAGUUGCGAAAGGGGACGUGUUUAUUUUGAUGUUUGCAGCCUUGAACUGUGGCUCCAAAACGUCGAAAUCAUUCAUGUCUCGCAAUUUGUCGAACUCUUCACUUGGAUCUUCCACUGUCAAUUCCAAGAUGGUGGGGUCGGCCAUUACCUCAUCAUAUAUUGCUUGAUACAAGGCCGAACCAUGGCCUGCGCUCUGGUAGGGGGGUGUGAUCAAGAAUUGCGAUAUUCGCAGACGGGAUGACAGUUUGUUGGGCGUGAUCUUU